UUGGUGGAAAGCAGCAUUGCGGUUCGGAAGUGAGUGCCGGUCAUGACAGCAGAGACACAAAGAUGGAGGUGGUUGGUACUAUCCGCGGGCUCAUCAGGUCGUUGCUCUUCUUGCUGCUGUGGUCCAGCUGUGAAGGACGAGACUCGGAGCUCAGCUAUGUGACCUGCGGCUCCCUAGUCAAACUGUUUAACACCAGACACAACGUCCGACUGCACUCCCACGACGUUAAGUACGGCUCAGGCAGUGGACAGCAGUCUGUAACUGGAGUGGAGAACGCAGAUGAUGCCAACAGCUACUGGCAGGUUCGUGGGAAGCCCAACAAUCCAUGUCUGCGUGGUGCUCCCAUCAAAUGUGGCCAGGCCAUUCGCAUCACACACAUGAAGACUGGACGAAACCUCCACACACACCACUUCAGCUCUCCUCUGUCUAAUAACCAGGAGGUGAGUGCUUUCGGAGAGAAUGGCGAGGGUGACGACCUGGACGUGUGGACGGUUCAGUGUGAAGGCAUUCACUGGGAGCGCGACGAGGCUGUGCGCUUCAAACACGUGGGCACCGACGUCUUCCUGAGUGUGACGGGCAAACAGUAUGGCCACCCCAUACGUGGACAGCGGGAGGUGCACGGCAUGAGCUCCCCCAAUCAGCACAACUGGUGGCGUACUAUGGAGGGCGUCUUCAUCCAGCCCAGCCAGGAACCGCUGCGCCACGAUGAACUCUGACAUCAUCAUCAUCAUUAGGAGACAUGAGCAUGGACAUGCUUCUGCCUGGACCUGAUGUAUGACUUGACUGAGAAAUCUUUUCUAUGUGAAGCACUCGGGGUGUUUUGUGACAUGAAGGGGGUUGGCAGGCAUUAUUUCUGUGUACGUAGUGUAGCCUCAAUAUGUUCUUUCAGCUUCUUCCUUGGAGAAUGUGAUGAGGGAUAACAUUGAGCCAGGGGAGAUGCAUGAGGAUGGCUAUAGCCCUGAAGAAAACUAUCAUUUGAUUAAUUUUGUCCAGAAAUACAUAAUGACAUGUACUGUAUGUAAUAAAGCCUUUCUUUAUUUCAUA